GGGAAUUGCAGAUGCAGCCGAGUGUUAAGACGAGGAGAGGUAGAGUCGUGGAAGACCCUCGGUGUGGGAGCCGGUGAUCCAGUUUACACUUGACUUUCGCUGCAAAGUCCGAAAAGAGGAUUCCGGCGGCUCACCUGAAGUGUCCCUUACCAUCCCCGGUAGCGUCUCUGCUGGGAGAUUGAAGGAAAACCACUUGGCAGACUUGAAGAGCUUCGCCUGGGGCAAAACACAGCUCAUAGAUAAAGCUGGGUGAAGGACAUUUACACCCGGAGAAGUGCAUCAACCAUGGAGGUCUAUACUUCGAGGAAACUUACUCUGCUCUCAUACACCUUUCUGUUGGCGCUCUCAGGAAUAUGGGCCGAGAUCCAGAUGCCCCAAAACAAUAUGGCAGUGAUCAAGGGUCAGAUGGUGAAGCUGGAGGCCUCGUACAGCCCAGCGCCAGGCAGUGACCUGAGCACCAACACAAUCAUCUGGAACUUUGUCUCUAACAACACCCAGCUGAUCAUCUCCUACACCAAAGGCUCCAUCAGUGUGGGCAGCUCCCAGUUUAAGGGCCGUGUAGGUUUCACCACCAGCAUGCCCUCACGCGACGUGUCACUAUACAUCAACAACACCCAGGAGUCCGACUCGGGACGCUACGUCUGCCAGGUCAUCAGUCCAGAUAAUCCUGGCAACCCUGCUGAGCUCCUUCUGGACGUGAAGGUCCCUCCAGCUGUUCCUCAGUGCUCUCUAUCAGGGAAGCCAGUGCUGAAGGGAAAUGUGACUCUGAGCUGUAGUUCCAGCUCUGGGAAGCCCAUUCCUCUGUACAAGUGGAGGAAAACCAGUCCCAUCUCUGAGGUCUUCUUCUCACCCAUGCUCAAUGAGAAGGCCGGCACUCUGAAGCUGAACAACCUGAGCCAUAACAUGUCAGGGAAGUACGUGUGCACGGCCAGCAACUCAGCCGGGUCAGAGAGCUGCUUCAUCAACCUGGAGAUUGUCACCUCCAAUAAUGUGGGGAUGAUUGUUGGUGCCACUGUGGGCUCAGUGAUUGGCUUCAUUUUCCUCCUUCUUAUCUGCCUCGUUUUUCUGGUGAAGAGGCGGAGGGACAAUGAGGACGACAUGGCCAACGAAAUCAAGGAGGACGCCCAGGCUCCCAAGCGUGUGUCUUGGGCUAAGAGUGGCAUGGGUUCAGAUAUCUCUAAGAAUGGCACGCUGUCCUCCAUCGCGUCCAGCCCACACCACAAAGAGCCCUCCCACCACCACAACAACCACCACCACCUGCAGCAGUACCCCCAGCGCCCCUCCUCAGACACAGCCUCCAUCAUCACCGCCACGGGCAGCACGGCCGGCUACCGACCCUCCCGCAAUCACGGCGCCUCCACCCCCACCCACUACAGCUACAACAACAAUACCACCAUGCCACGCGGACAGCCCGUCUCCUCUGAAGCCAGCACCAAUGGGAGCUCCCUACCAAGACCAGAGCGCUACACCCAGCUGCCCCAGGCUCAGGCGCUGCCGCAGACAUACAGCCAGCCUCAGCUGCAGCUCCAGGCCGCUCCCUCCCCACCACCGCUGCCCACCUCCACAGUCACAGCCUCCAACAUCGCCCGAAUGGGAGGAGUGCCCAUCAUGGUGCCUGCACAGAAUCAUGCUGGAUCUCUGGUCUAAUGUCUGCCAGCACUGGCAAAACAGUGCUGAUGACAUAAACAGUGAAAUACUGUCCCUUUACACGCUCAAAAAGGGCCAGCUGCUGAUUCUUUUUAAAGGGAACUAUGUAAUAUUUAGCAAAGAAUUGCAGUAGAAAAGGUCGAAUUCAUUUAUUGACGCUUGCUUUUGCGCCAAGAAGCUUUCAUGGCAAGACUUUCAGACACAGACUGUUUAGCUGCUUUAAGUAUACUUAAGUCUUUUAUAUUCUGUAUGCACUGUAUACAUUGCAAACUAUGUAUAGAUUUGAUUUUCAUACAUUUAUCCAGUAACCUCUUUUCUACUUCAUCAAUGCAUUUCUAAUGUUUUUUCAAAUUAAGAUUUUAAAUGUAUUAUAUUUUCUUUGCUCCUGUCAUACUGAUUCCACAAAGUGAAUAGCAAAUGUCAUCAGUGGGGGCAUUCAUGUGUUUGGAAUUUUCACAGAUGAAGUAAGACGAGGGUUUUGCGGGUCUGCUGUACUUCAUCAAUCACCUUUACUUAAAAACUACCUAAAGAAGGAAUUAUCAAGACCAAAACAGGUUUAAGCACAUUAUGUGAGUGAUGUUCAGAGAUGAUGAUGUUGCUUAAAGGGAAGUUCGUGAGGACUGGGUGUGAUUUAAUAUCUAUAAAUGAGUACAUCUCUGCAGCAAAGUUAUAGAAAGAAAGAUGUGACAACAUUACACAUAUGAUAAAGUCUCCUAAUCCUUUUUUUGUGGUGGUUCAGCUUAUAAAUGCUCUUAGACUCAAUUCUUAAAACACAGAUUAGCUAAAGCUUCUUAUACACAGAAGUGCAGUAUGGUGACUUUGCUAAUACAGUCCACACUUGAGUUGUAAUAAUUAAAAGUUGCCUGCUGCAUUGAAAUUGUAAAUAUGAUAUUUAUUAUUUUGCUAAAUGUGUGACUAACAGCAUAGUGCUGGCCCCAGCCUGUAUGGAACAUAAUGAUACAGGGAACAUGUUUACCUGCAACAGUGGAUACUGAACCAAAGAUAUACAGUAUAACACAUGUCUGUCAACAUGCUCUCUUUAUAUGUUGUAGAUUAUUUGUGUAGGUCAGUGAGGUUUUAAAUCGACAUGACAUGCAGUUUGAUUCACUGCCAAAAGCUACAGGCUUUAGGCUUUUUAUAGACCAGAUUUCUUGGUAACUUGAAUCAGAUAUGAGUUUCUCUAAACAUCACUGAUAUGAUGGUGAGUCUUGCAGGUGCCUAGUUAGUGAUAUUCUACCAUUUUCUAUUAAGAGAAGGUGAGAAAGAUAAACCAUUCCCCCUUAAUGUUGGGAAAGUACAUUUGGAAAUUGGAAACAGCCUUCAGAGUAUUGUCCCAAAUAUAUGAUGGCUUGAUACUUUUGGCUCAAACCUAGUUUCCUUUAAAAAACUAAAUAUCUGGCAUGUCAUGAUUUUAAAAAGAUGGUAUAUUACACUGCUGUGAUCUUUGUUCAGUCGGUAUUUAUGGAUAUCUGUUACAGCUGUAUGCCAGAAGAGGCGCUAUUCUCUGAAAGACUGCUCCACUCACAGUCACCGACCUUGUUAACAAUGUCAGCUUAGUUUUUGCAUUCAAAACGGCUUUACUGCAGUUUCAGAAUGUAUCGUUAAUGAUCUUAGCACAUGUGCACUGAUUGGUUCAAGAACAGAACAUGAACUGUGGUAUCAAAUGGAUUUUUCUUUCAAACUUAAGCAAUGAAAUCCAUGUAUUAUUUAAAUAGCUUUUUUCUAUCUUAUUCUGUCCACUUUCAAGUCACACAAAUGCUUAUUUAAAUAUCAUUUGGAUUUGGACGACAUCAUAUACGUAUAAUGACAGUGAUCAUACUGUCUAUUCUGCUGCAUUGUAAUGACACUGGAGCUUUUUUUAAAAUGUGCACACGAUGGCAGACUAACAACACAAUUCUGAAAUGAAUCACGUGAAACUUGAUUAUGUUGAAGGGAAACAUAAGAGCAGUCUUUUAUAGACCAUUUCUGAAAAUCGCUAUCUGUGUGACACAAGCUGGACAGCGAAAUGUGCAAGCAAGUGGUAGCUGUAGCUUCACGCUUUGAUAGUUUUGUUGAGAUUGUUUUAAGUAUAUUAGAGAAAAUGGAAAGGUUUCAUGUGGGAAGUUGAAAGUAGGAGUUAAAGUGAGGAUGAUGCAGUCUUAUGCACUCGUUUUAAUUUGAAUGGGUCAUUUAAAAACUGUACAUUAUGAACAUUGAAAUGUUUCCAAGACAAGCCUUUAUUUUUAUACAUUAAUGUAUAAAAGCACAUGAGCAGAGUUUAUAAAUAGUAAAUGUGACAGAAGUGCUCACUGUCAGUGAGUUAUAAACCACAAUGGAUUGUAUAACUACUGUGGAUUAACUGGUGGCCAAACUUGUGCUUGUUUAUACAUUAGGCCUAAACUGUGGACAUUAAUGUGCAGUGUGCACUUGUAUCCUCCAUAUUUAUGUUCAUGGAAAAUGCUUUGUAUAAUAUUUUCAAUUAAAAGAGAAAUGAUCA